GCUGAAACUUGCUCCCUUUCGGCUCUCAGCUGUGUGUCUUUUGACUGGCCGGCCAUUGGGGAUCGGCAAGCCUUUUCGGCAGCCACCUCACACUGUCCAACAACCCAAGUAGCCGUCGCUUCCCUACUUAGCGUCGGAGCAUCGUCAAUGACGUUAGCGGUCAGUCGUCGGCUGGACAGCUCCACAGGUCACAGCACCGUCUAAGGCCUUAAGCCAGCCUCCCCCCAGGCCCUUUCAAGCUGUUAUUAACAUGAAUCUUCAGCCAAAGCGCCUCACCAACAUCGCCAUUCUCCCAACCUCCGUGCACAACACCUAGACCCUCACCAGCCUCAUCAUGGGCUCCAUCGACACGCCAAAGCCAACGCCGAUAGCGGCACAGCUGCCGACCAUCAACCUCGACACCACGCUGGCCGAGCUGUACCGGCGUGCAAGCCCCAAGAACGCCGACCGCAAGCUCGGCCUCGUGCUCUGCGGCGUGACCAGCUCGACCUCGGCCCCGACUUCCCGCACAACACCAAGUACCCGUACUAGGACGGGCCGUUCCAACAACCGCGCGCUCCAGAAAUCGCUCGCAACCAAGUACCUCAGCCUGAUCCCGCAGCGCGACGCCUUCAUCGCGGGGCCAGGGGCACCGGUGGUCCUGUUCCACCAGGGGCGCACAGAAGCAAAGCGCGCGCGCGACCGCCGCGAGGCCGAGGCCACGGUCGCGGUGCUCAGCACGGAGCAGCGGCCUGAGCUCGUGUUCUGCGCCAGCCCCGCCAGCAUUCCGCUCGGCGCCAAGCACGGCAUCGCCCGGAUCGCCUACAAGGUCGUGCUGGACGGCCUGGCGCGGUACCCGCUCACGCACCCGCUCGGCGCGCACUGGUUCCUCAACAGCAAGGCUGCGCUCGCGCGGUCGGGGCUCCCCACGCCGCGCACGCGCAUCGUCGAAAUCGAAGGGCACGGCGGCACGACCGGCUCGUCAUGCUGCGAGCGGUGCGCGGCCGUCGAGACCGACAUGCGCUUCAUACCCGCCGGGUGCACGGGCGGGCGCGGGCGGUGGCUCGAGGCGCAGGCGGCGCGCGUGGUCGAGGCCGUCGAGCGCCAGCCCGUGCCUUUCGUGCUCAAGACGCAGCAGACUUUCGGGGGCGCCGGCACGUGGGUGGUGCGCUCAGAGCAGCAGAAGCAGGACCUGCUACGGGACCUCUGGAGGAGAAGACAAGGCGAGGCGGCGGGGCAGGAGGACGAGUCUGAAAACGACAACGGCGACGACGACGACCGCGACGACGACCGCGACGAUGGUAUUCUCCGCCGGCUGCUGUCGCAGCAGAAGCUGAAGGACAAAUUUGCGCCCCUGGUACAGCGCGCCGCGGCGUGGGUAGCCCACCACGGCUACUACGGGCCCGUGGGCAUCGACGUGCUGGAGACGCGCAUGGCGGGCGCGACGGCCAGCGCGACGGCCGAGCCCACGGCGCACCACGUCGUCGACCUCAACGCGUGCACGUCGGGCUCGCUCGCGCUGCCGCUUCUGCGCGGCCACUUCAUAGAGCGCGGCCUGCAGUGCGCCGGCAGCUUCUCGGUCGCCGUCGACGGCGGGCGGCGCGACUUUAUCGAAGCCUGGCGGCCCGAGCUCGAGGCCGGCCGCAUGCUCAUCCCGAGCUGGUACGAGGAUGGCGAGGCUGGCGAGAGCCUCGCUGAUAUCGUCGUCGGCGGCGAGGACGAGCGCGACUUGCAACGGCGUAUGAAGCGCGUCAGGGAGGCUACGCGCGAGGUGACGUUCUGAUACGACUCUUUAGGGGAGGGGACUACGGGCUGGUUCGCCGUCGAUGUACAUGUGCAUGUACAUCCAGCCCCGUACUUGUGACAAGAUACGUGUGUAUGAAUACAAAGGCUUGCCGAGGUGCUAGCUUAAAAUCAGGUACACACCUACCUACUUGGGUACCUAGCGGGUCAGCUCACUCGUAAUUCACGAAAUAAUAGGCGGCCAUCUCCCUUUCUGUGACCUAGUUUGGUUGGGGUAAACCAUGUCGAUAUCUUGGUUUGAAGCUCUGGGGUUUCCAUAUUCAAACUAAUUAGGUCCUGUGUAAAAAACGGGCAUCUCAAGGCUUCAAGAAAUAUAAACUUAGGGUGCGG